AUGUUCCUAAAAUCGUGCCUCGCCAGCCCAUUAAUAAUACUAGCUUUUGUACCAAAAAGCGACUGCAGUUAUCCAACCUGGCUGACCAACGAUACAAUCAAAAGGGUUAUCAACACCAUCUUUGAUCAAAUUGAUCAUAUCGAUAUCAUUUUUAACGGUUCAGAAACCGACCAAACGGAGCAGAUUGAUUAUCUAAUGCGUGAAGGAUUCGUGCAGCGGAAAACCUUUCGUAUUUAUGGGUCUAAUUUCUCCGCAGAAGAUGGAUGCGUAGAUGGUGGGACACCGUUUUCAGCAAGUUUAGCUAAACAGCCAUAUUUCGAUGAAACAAUGGAUGAUUUUUACGAGGAAGAGGACAAAUUCAUCCGAUGGGACCAAUCGUACCAGGCAUUUGGAAAAAUUUGGUUGCAGAACCAAUACUAUGGAUAUGUUUUGUACACCGAUUUGAGCUCGUUUGCCGCUCUAAUGAGAUGCUUGUUAGACCCGGUCGGCACAUAUCUGAUCGUACUGGAUUCGAAAGGAUCUGAAAUGAAUGAAUUAGAACCGCUACUAAAGUCUAUUUGGAACCGAGAAGGUGUCUUUCGAUGCUUUGUACUGACAAACGAACAGUUACUGGUAUUUAACCCUUUUUUGAUGAAGAACUCAACUCAUGGAUAUCUGGUGGAUCUUAGGAGUGUUGCCGACAUUCCUCAGGUACCGGAACGAAACUUCAAUCGUUUCCCGUUACGAAUCGAUAUAUUUAAAUCGACAUACAGUGACACAAUUACCAGUGGAACCGGCGCCAAGCGGGACUUGUCCGGUCCAGAUGUCGUCGUUAGUUGGGUCUUUGCAAAACGAUUCAAUUUUACGCCAAUCCGUCUCCCCAUCGAUAAGGACAACUUCGGCGUUCGCUUAGCGAACGGCACUUACAACGGAGCGAUUGGGCGGCUUGUGAGGCGUGAAAGUGACGUUUCGUUCGUGGGAUUUUUCGUGAAGGAUUACUUCACGCGUGAUAUAGAAUUCACCAGCGGGGUGUACGCUGACGAAAUGUGCUGCCUGGUGAAGAAGUCCAGCCGUAUCCCGGAAUAUCUGGUGCCUAUCACAAUUUUUCCGCCAGAGCUCUGGAGCCUGCUCGUGCUGGCCGGGUUGUUCUGCGGCUUGGUUUGGAUGGUUCUUCGAGCGGCAAUACAAACGAUGCUGCGGUCCCGCUCCAAGUGGUGGCAAACGUAUCGUUUCGCCUAUUUGUUUAACCUUUCCGAUGAGAUUCGCGACGCGCCUCUGUAUCGGAAGCUUGUUCAGAUUUGCGUUGACUCGUACCUCCUUCUGUUGAGUGCAACCUAUCUUCGGUUUACUCGUUCCGGGAUCGAGAGGCUUUUUCUUUUUGGAAUUCUAAUGGUGAGCUUAGUGAUUGUUUCGCUGUUUCAGUCGGGCCUCGCUUCAGUGUUUGUAAACCCAGUAUACUACAAAGAUAUCAGCAGUCUCCAACAGUUGGAUCAGGCGGGUUUCAGAAUACCGGUCAAGUAUCAAGGUUUUAUGGACGAUGUUUUUCCAGCAAAUUACAGCAACAUGAUGGAGUCGUUACGGAACAAAAUGGAGCUGAAGCAGAUCAACGAAUCGAUGUUGGCGUAUGUAGCUCGGUUGGGUACAAUUGCGACUGUAACCCGAAAAACCACACUGUCUCUCGACAAUGCCAUCUAUCUGACGACCAAGCAAUUGUUUAUGAUUCCGGAAUGUCCCCGCAUGUACAAUCUGGCUUAUGUAGUUUCCCGGCAUUCCGUUCUGCUUGAUCGAAUCAACGAUUUUCUGUUACGGCUGUUGGAUGGCGGUCUGAUCAAUCACUGGAUUAGUGUUAUGAAUUUUAAUGUCACAUUGCAAUAUAGGGAAGAAGCGAGAAAUUACGAAGAGCCAGGGCUAAAGGUUUUAACGGUACUGGAUUUGCAAUUUCCAUUUUACAUACUAGUAAUAGGGCUUGGAAUCAGUACGGCUGUUUUUGUGGUUGAAAUGUUAUACACGAGGCCGAACUACCAAUUGCCGUACAUAAAUUAA